GAUGACCGAAUUGUGGCUUUUUCACUGACUUCAUUAUUCAUGUGAGACAAAGCGCCGCUCUCUCUGGUGUAUCAAACUGCACCGCGCCACAGAUUCCUGUAGGCGCCCUUCUCGCCAUGCGCUCUCUCUCCGGGUCGCAGCUUGACGCACUCGGGGAGGACGGUCCUCAAAUGUCACACCGCCGAGGGAGGGAGAAGGAGAGAGAAAGAGAGAGAGAGAGAGAGAGACAGAGGAGGAAACUUAUUUGCGCAAUUGCGAUUUAUAAAAUUUAUGGCAAAAGAGGGAAAGCCCCAACUACGCCGGUAACCUUUACAUGCUCAGCAUCUGCCUGGAACCGAGGAAUCCUCCCCCCUCUCAUUGGAGACAGGAGCGGCAUCCUCCCAGUCCGUUCAUGCCGGAUAAAGUUUGCGCGCCGCUUGGCAGAGGAGAGAGGACAAAGACUCGGCGGAACACCGUUUGUAUAAACUUGUAGGAAAGUCGCACUGAAAUGGGCACGCUGCGCGACCUCCAGUACGCGCUCCAGGAGAAGAUCGAGGAGCUGCGCCAGAGGGACGCGCUCAUCGACGAGCUGGAGCUGGAGCUCGACCAGAAGGACGAGCUCAUACAGAGAUUGCAGAACGAAUUGGACAAAUACCGCUCCAUCAUCAAGCCGGCGACCCAGCAGGUCCACAAGCAGACCGAGCUGCAGGAGCAGCAGCGGACCAAGAGGCAGGCGAUCUCGGCCGAACCCACCGCCUUCGACAUCCAGGAUCUCAGCCAUGUCACCCUACCUUUCUACGCCAAAAGCCCACAGUCCAAGGAUCUGAUCAAAGAAGCCAUCUUGGACAAUGACUUCAUGAAGAACCUGGAGCUGUCUCAGAUCCAGGAGAUUGUGGACUGCAUGUACCCUGUGGAGUAUGGGAAGGACAGCUGCAUCAUUAAGGAAGGCGACGUGGGCUCACUGGUGUAUGUCAUGGAAGAUGGUAAGGUGGAGGUGACAAAGGAAAGCUUGAAGCUCUGCACCAUGGGGCCAGGAAAGGUGUUUGGGGAGCUGGCUAUUCUCUACAACUGCACCAGGACAGCCACUGUCAAGACCUUAACAAAUGUGAAGCUGUGGGCCAUCGACCGGCAAUGCUUUCAGACGAUCAUGAUGAGGACGGGCCUCAUUAAACACACAGAGUAUAUGGAGUUUCUGAAAAGUGUCCCCACGUUUCAUGACCUACAGGAAGACAUUCUGAGCAAGCUUGCUGAUGUCCUUGAAGAGACGCAUUAUGAAGAAGGAGAGUACAUCAUCAGACAGGGGGCCAGAGGAGACACCUUCUUCAUUAUCAGCAAGGGAAAGGUUAAUGUGACCAGGGAAGACUUGCCCAAUGGAGAGCCUGUGUACCUCCACAGCCUAGGAAAAGGUGACUGGUUUGGAGAGAAAGCACUGCAAGGGGAGGACGUAAGAACAGCUAACGUCAUUGCAGCAGAGGCAGUCACAUGUUUGGUUAUCGAUCGAGAUUCAUUCAAGCACUUGAUUGGAGGUUUGGAGGAGGUUUCUAAUAAAGGCCAUGAGGACGCCGAUGCCAAAGCCAAGUACGAAGCAGAAAAUGCAUUUUUCUUCAAUCUCAAUCUGGCCGACUUCAACAUCAUAGACACCCUAGGGGUCGGGGGCUUCGGACGUGUUGAGCUGGUUCAGCUAAAGAGUGACGAGAACAAGACUUUUGCCAUGAAGAUCUUGAAGAAACGACACAUUGUUGACACAAGACAGCAGGAGCACAUUCGGUCUGAGAAGCUCAUUAUGCAAGAGGCUCACUCUGACUUUAUUGUCAGACUGUAUAGAACAUUCAAAGACAGCAAAUACCUCUACAUGUUGAUGGAAGCAUGUUUAGGCGGGGAACUGUGGACCAUACUUCGGGACCGGGGUUCCUUUGAGGACUCAACCACCAGGUUUUACACAGCUUGUGUAGUGGAAGCUUUUGCUUAUCUGCAUUCCAAAGGAAUCAUCUACAGAGACCUGAAACCAGAGAAUCUUAUAUUGGACCACAGGGGUUAUGCCAAACUGGUGGACUUUGGCUUUGCCAAAAAAAUUGGCUUUGGGAAGAAAACCUGGACCUUCUGCGGGACACCGGAGUACGUAGCACCGGAGAUUAUCCUGAACAAAGGCCAUGACAUUUCAGCCGACUAUUGGUCUCUUGGAAUCCUGAUGUUUGAACUUUUGACUGGCAGUCCACCUUUCUCCGGCCCUGAUCCAAUGAAAACCUACAACAUUAUCCUGAGAGGCAUCGAUAUGAUUGAAUUUCCAAAGAAAAUCACCAAAAACGCUGCCAACCUAAUCAAAAAGCUAUGCAGGGAUAAUCCUUGUGAAAGACUUGGAAACUUGAAAAACGGUGUCAAAGACAUCCAAAAGCACAAAUGGUUUGAGGGCUUUAAUUGGGAAGGUUUGAAAAAGGGGACAUUGACGCCUCCUAUUAUCCCUAAUGUCACAUCAGCAGUCGACACAAGUAACUUCGACAGCUUCCCUGAGGACAACGAGGAACCGCCUCCCGACGACACCUCUGGCUGGGACGUCGACUUUUGAAGUUCACCUCUCUCCACUUAAAACCAAAAGAAACUCUUCUUUUGUAGGCUUUUAAAGGCUUGGAAGGCAACUCGGAGGACAUAGUUGUUUGUAGAAAAAGAAACUGCAUUAAAAAUGGAAGAGAAGAUUUGGAAAUGAUGGAUGGCAAACCCUCUGGGUCACCGAUAUGCCUUUAUUUCACUGUGGCUCUGGAUAAAGCAUUUAUAUUGGGACUGCUGUAGCACUUCCUCAGUGUUGUCUUAUACUCAAGUUUAUAGAUAAAGAAAGCACAGGGAUACUCAGACAUUUACACACAAAUACAACACAGGCUGAUACUGGAGCCAGGUUUUCCCCUGUAACAGGGGAAGGUGUUUAUUGGAUGGAUGAAUGUGUGAUAACUUAACUAAGUUUGAAUUCUGCGGUUAACAGGAGGGCGAAAACAGGGAAAGUUGCUCAGAAACAGAGCAACUUUUGUGGAUUUUAUUUACGAAGUCUGUCUGCAGAUCUGUUCGCUGGACUUCGGGAUAGAUUAUAAUGUCACUGCAGCUGCUGCCUGGUUUGUGACACGCAGCUACUUGCAACAAUCUAUGAUACUUUCCACUGAUGUACACACUAUGGUUUAUAGUUAUCAAGUGCUCAAGACUAACCUGAAUGUCAAUGAUUCUCUCCUUACUUAGCAUACCUACAUAACAUUAAGCUAUGUGUGGCACAUAGUGUUUGAGUACACCAGUUACAUUGUCAUACAUGGACAUAAACAAAAUGCUUAGUACACUUCCUAUGAGUUUUAUCUACCUUGAAAAGCACAAACGCUGUGCAUUCAGUGGAAAGAGUCACGACUCUUUAAGUGCCCUGCUUAAAGCUUAAUGAAUCAAACACAUCUGCACAUAUGACAGCUCGGCUAGCAUCUCCAUGAAGCAGUGUGUCAUUAUGCACUUAAGACCAUUAACUGAACGGUUAUAAGUCUGUUUUAAACCAUAGUAUGAGUCAAAUUCUUUGUCGUCGUUUAAUUGUGCUUCACUGUAACAUUCUGCUUUUUGUUUUUAAAUCCAUUGAAAUCCUUAUCGCCACUCACCGAACCCUGAUGUUCCCUGUUUGCUCUUGUACAGCUCUGAAAUAACUGUGAACCUGGUUUCAGUGUCUUUGGUGCUGUUGGUGAAUUAUGAUCAGCAAUGUUGAGAUGACAGUACUGUUUAUUGUUUUGUACUGUGAUUCUUUCUCCCUCUUUUUUUUUGUGCCAGAUUACUUUGUGACGUAAUUGAUGUCAUGCUUUAGCGAAAUGGAGACUUGUGUAAGUUUUCAAACUUGAAUGAAGAUCUUGACACCAUGUUAACAUUGUGCUAAAUGUAAUUUUAACCAAAAUGAGUCAAAUUUGACAAUCUCUCCUUACCCAGAUUCAACCAUCUAGCCAAACUAAAUUUGACCAAACUUCCUCUUCCAGCCAUCUUCUUAAUGCCUUCAAGGACAAUUCAACAAUAGAGAACCAGAUACGUUUGUCAGCGCUCCUGACAAAGAUGUGUAAAUGCCUUAAAAUAAAUUAUUCUUUAAAGUUUAAAAAAUGUUUUACAAAAAAGUAAACUUUUAAUUUGACUUCAUUUUGUCAGUAUAUAGACCAUUAAGAGUUAGUUGUUUUUAGUACAACUGUUUGCACUCCAGCUACCAAUUCAUUAUACAAACCUUUUUAUCCAAUGAGACAAUAGUUGGACUUCUCGGUAACACUUUAUUUGAAGGGGUGUGCAUAAGACUGACAUAACACCUGUCAUGAACAUAAAGAAUGUCUUUAAGAAUGUUUAUGACAAUUGUCAUGAAGUGUUAUUCGGUAAAUAAUGACACUUUUAAUGCAAAGUUGCUCUAAAAGUUGCAUUGAAAGUCAAUUAAAAGUGCUAACUUUGCAUUAAAUUUUCAUAAUUUACAAAAUCAAACAGGUCCACAACUUACCUGCCACCAUACUUUAUGGUGGUUAUGAUGUAUUUUUCUUCAUAUUCAUUUCUUGCUUCACACUAAACCCAUUCAAAAUGUUUGUUUGUGUAAUACUGAAUCUCAAUGUCCAAGAAAAUAUUACCUAAGGUCCCAAAUAUGGGGUUCUUUGUAGCAAUUCACUAACAGGAGAACUUUAUCUUUUUCUUCUACCUGCUUACUAUUUAUUGUGGCAAUAUAGACGAGGGACCCUCACGUUCUCUACUGGGUUUGUGUACUAUGUUUUUUCACACAAAAAGUUAUGGUUUAUGAAUUAGAAGGUUGUAUAUAUCAUAAUCAACUUAAAAGAGACAAGUAUCAGUUUAUUUUUUCCAAAGUUAUAUUUAUCCUUUCUUUUAAAAGACAUUUAGUAUUACAGACAUCUGUGCUUCCUGUAAUUUUUCCAAAAGCAAGUAUUUCCUAACAUGGACUUCCCAUCGAUCAAAUUAAAAGUUUACUUUUCUUUUUACAUUUUUAUAUUGUAAAAUUAUUCUUCUGUAAAAGCAAAUACGUAUAUUUUAUGGCUUUUUACACAUCUUUUUCAAAUAUGUGAACAAACAUAUUCAUAUUUGUAUUGGAAACUAAUUGCAAAAGAAGAAGAAAAGAAAACUAAUUUCAUUAAAACUCAGCUGUCACAAUUCCUCACUGGUCACCCAACAAGCUUCACCUCUCCACACUAAGAAAACAACUGAAUUUAAAGUCAAACAGAUUGUAAGUGCCUUAAGUCAAUGGCAUAUAGAAUAAACAUCCCAUGACCUUUGCAAUGCUGCAUGAACACAUAUACACCUCAGAAACAUAUGUCCUCUUAGACUGCUAUGUUUCACCCUUUGUUAAUAAAAAAAAAACUCUUAAUGCCCAAGGAGAUAAUCCAACUGUUUUAAGGCUUACAGUUGAUAAAUAAAAUAUGUUUCCUGUUUAUGAUAUUUAAUUUAUUUUAUGAAGACACUAAUUUAAAAAAAAUUACUUGACUUGGCUGCAAUGACAUGCUUUUCUCUUCUUAUCUUCUGUGAUCUUCUGUGAUCUGAAGAAAUCAACCACUUAUGGCCUGAUAUGAAACACCAGUGAGCAUUAAUCAUAAUCCAGAAGGUCCACCCAUCACCUGUUACAGUCAUGAAAUCUUAACAAUCGGAGAGGGCAAGAAUGAUUUGCAGUUUUCAUUGUAUAACACACAAUUUCAACAUGCAGUUUGUUGUUUAUUAGAACUGAAAUUUCUGGCUUUCCUAAUAAAAACUCAAGGUCA